AUGUACAAGGUGUUGGAGCGCAUUAUCCUGAGCCGACUCAUUAAACAUCUCGAAGAAACAACGCGCGACGAGCAAGCUGGCUUUCGUCCUGGCCGAUCUACGAUUGACCAGGUGUUCAUCGUCAGGAGAGUGAUCGAAAUCUGGCAGCGGUAUUCGAAGCCAAUGCAACUAGAGUUUCUGGACUUUGAAGCCGCGUUCGACUCUCCUCACCGAGGCCGUGUUCUCAACGCGCUCCGCGCCGAUGGAGUACAAAGAAGCUUGUAUCGAAGCUGGCUGCAGCCUAUGGACUAUGUCUACGCCCUGAUAAAUGCAAGCAGAUGUGGAUCUCUUCGAGACCUCGAUCGGAAAUCAGGGUGGACGGACAACUGA